GCAGCAUCAGCAUCACCACCAUCAUCAUCAGCAUCACCCUCCAUUCUCGGUCACAAGGACAAGCUCUGCAUCCAGAGCCGCACAGGGAACGAGGACAGUCUUUUUCAUUUUCUGUAGUAAGAAUCCUUAUCACAAAGCAGCGACAUGUUGGCCUGCACGGAGCUGAUCACCAUGUGUCUCCAAUCCGCCAAACACGAACACCUGAGAAAGCAGCAGGAGCUCGACCAUAACCAGAACCAAGGCAUCGCUUUAUUCCAAGAUAUUUUUCGUCGGGCAGACAAAAAUGAUGAUGGGAAGCUCUCCAUGGAGGAGUUCCAGUCCUACUUCACUGAUGGCGUCCUGACUGAAGAGCAGAUGCAGGAGCUGUAUUACUCCAUCGACAGGCAGCAGACAGACAAUCUGGACAUAGAGAAGCUCUCAGCUUACUUUGCUCCUCAUCUUGGGGAAUAUGUCAACGUCCUGUCUGCACUGGAAAAGCUCAACGUGGCAAUUUUAAAGGCAAUGGAUAAAACUAAAGAGGAGUAUCAGGGCUCAUCUGUGCUGGGUCAGUUUGUCACUCGGUUUCUGCUGAGGGAAACAUCCUCCCAGCUUCAGUCCUUGCAGUCUUCUCUGGACUGCGCCACAGAAGCUGUCCAUGACAACGGCUACACAGGGAGGAUAGUGAAGAAGCCAGAGGACCUUCCUAUUCAGAGGGUCACCAAACGACCCAACAGACGUAUCCAGAAGAACAUGUGUCUCUCUCCUACUGACCCCUACUCCGGCAUGCUAACCACAGGGGUCAGCGUGGAGCCAGAAAACCCCUGGAGCUCCCAGAUCAACCAGCUGGAACAACUCAUGGAUAAACUGGACUGUGAGAGUCCCCGUCUUGAACCUCUGAAGGAGGACACUUUGGCAGGGACAUAUAAAUCGAACAUCCUUCUGGUUCAGAGGCAGAUGUCUGUGAAGGAGAGAGAUGUGGAGCAGUUUCAGCAAGCUCUGAAAGUCUACACAGAUGCCACCAGCAGCCAGCUUAAUAACCUACACAUUUCAGUCCAAAACCUGCCAGACAGAUCAUGCUUCAUCAUGUAUGAGUUUUGGCAGGACCGUCUCUCCUGGAUGAGCUACCUGCAGUCAUCUAUCAGCAAAACAUUUCAGCGCUGCAUCAUUGACUCGCUGGAGGAGCCAGAAAUAGUCUCCACUAUGCUUCUUCCAGCUUCCUGGUGGAUCAUGAACAAUAACUAAACCAACAACAUAGCUGCUUAAAACACCACGGAACCAGAAGAACAGAGAAAACGCUUCUGCAUCCUUUUGGUUUGAUGCAAUUUGUUUUCUUUUGGCAUUACUUGGGGUUGUUUUAUAGCAUUUUACUUCAGCUAAAAAGGAAAGCUGAGAAAAUUUGCAAUAAAAUGGAAACAAACAACCAUCUCAGAUUGCAGAAAAAAAGAAGAGGUAAAACUGUGCUUAACUGGGCAAACCAGAGCCUAAUGCUUGCUUCACAUUCACAUGCACAUUUUAAUCUACUUACCAUUUUGCAACACAAGAGAAUAUUAAAGAUAUGCAUGAUUACUUGUUUUAUUUUAUUUUUUUCUGCAUCCUGCAGUUGAUAGAUACAAAUUGCAGCAAUUUAUAGAAAUAAAAAGAGAAAAUAUUUUGGUUCCAUCCACUCCUUUUUCCUCCAAUGAUAGAAAAAACAACAAUACUAGUGAUUUGGUUUGCUAUGUCCUCUUGCUCUCCCUGUGCUAUUGUGCUUUGUUGUCUCCUUCAAAGCAUUCGCUACCAGGCAUCAUUUUUGCAGCACUCUCAUAAAAAAACUGCUUCUGAAUAGUGAUCUGUAUCUUAACAUUUAUCGUCUGUGUCACUCCUGCACUUUAAAAAAUAGAUAUAUAUGUUGAACAUGAACAUCGUUGUGAAGAAUGAGAUUUUUUAUUUUGUCUUUUGUAAAAUUAUUCUGUAGUUGAGGAUAGCUAAGAGAGAUGCUGGUGAGGAACAAGUCACUAGGUAAUCAUACAGUUUUACUGUACUGUUACUCUCAACAUUAAAUAAAUCUAAUACUCUACGUAUGCAGUGUGUCAUUAAUAGAGAUUAGAGGUAAAAAGAUAUAAAGAAAUUUUUAUUUAGGAAUUAAUGAUGGACAAGUUCUAAGUCAUAUUACAGCAGAAAGAAUCCCAGUUAGGAUA